CGGGGAGGAGGAGGAGGAGGAGGCGGUCGCGUCGCCGAGCGCAGGCCGCGGCGGCCGCCGAGUACCCAGCAGCCGUCAGCCGCCGAGAGCGCGGGGCCUGCGCCCCCAGCCGGAUCGCUCCCCUCGGCGCCCCUUGAUCCGCACGCCGGGGCCCCGCGGGGCUGGCCGCCGAGCGAGCAGGCCGCCGACCGACCGGACCCGCGCGGCCACCCGGAGCCCCCCGGCCCGCGCGCACACGGAAGUGCUCAGCACUGAACGGGCUUUGGAAAGUAGAGAAGAAAAUCCAGUCUGCUUUUGGGGGACAUUGGACAGUCGAAUAAAUGCAGUAUCUAAACAUCAAAGAGGACUGCAAUGCCAUGGCUUUCUGUGCUAAAAUGCGGAGCUCCAAGAAGACCGAGGUGAACCUGGAGGCCCCUGAGCCUGGGGUGGAAGUGCUGUUCUACCUGCCAGACAGGGAGCCCCUGCGGCUGGGCAGCGGGGAGUACACAGCGGAGGAGCUGUGCAUCAGGGCGGCGCAGGAGUGCUGUAUCUCUCCCCUGUGCCACAACCUCUUUGCCCUGUACGAUGAGAGCACCAAGCUCUGGUAUGCUCCAAAUCGCAGCAUUACUGUUGACGACAAGACAUCGCUCCGGCUCCACUACCGGAUGAGGUUCUAUUUUACCAAUUGGCAUGGGACCAAUGAUAAUGAGCAGUCGGUAUGGCGACAUUCUCCAAAGAAGCAGAAAAAUGGCUACGAGAAAAAAAAAGUUCCAGAUGCAACUCCUCUCCUUGAUGCCAGCUCUCUGGAGUAUCUGUUUGCCCAGGGACAAUAUGAUUUGGUCAAAUGCCUGGCUCCCAUCCGAGACCCCAAGACUGAGCAGGAUGGGCACGACAUCGAGAACGAGUGCCUGGGCAUGGCCGUGCUGGCCAUCUCGCACUACGCCAUGAUCAAGAAGAUGCAGUUGCCAGAACUCCCCAAGGACAUCAGCUACAAGCGAUAUAUUCCAGAAACAUUGAAUAAGUCCAUCAGACAGAGGAACCUUCUUACCAGGAUGCGGAUAAAUAAUGUCUUCAAGGAUUUCCUAAAGGAAUUUAACAACAAGACCAUUUGUGACAGCAGCGUGUCCACACAUGACCUGAAGGUGAAAUACCUGGCGACCUUGGAAACUUUGACAAAACAUUAUGGUGCUGAAAUAUUUGAGACUACCAUGCUAAUGAUUUCAUCAGAAAAUGAGAUGAAUUGGUUUAAUCCGAACGACAGUGGAAAUGUUCUCUACUAUGAAGUGAUGGUGACUGGAAACCUUGGAAUCCAAUGGAGGCAGAAACCGAAUGUUGUUCCUGUUGAAAAGGAAAAAAAUAAAUUGAAACGGAAAAAAUUGGAAAAUAAACACAAGAAGGACGAGGAGAAAAACAAAAUCCGAGAAGAGUGGAACAAUUUUUCGUACUUCCCCGAAAUCACUCACAUUGUAAUAAAGGAGUCUGUGGUCAGCAUUAAUAAGCAGGACAACAAAAAGAUGGAACUGAAGCUCUCUUCCCACGAGGAGGCCUUGUCCUUCGUGUCCCUGGUCGAUGGCUACUUUCGGCUCACAGCAGACGCCCAUCACUACCUCUGCACUGACGUGGCUCCUCCAUUGAUUGUCCACAACAUACAGAACGGCUGUCACGGCCCAAUCUGCACAGAGUAUGCCAUCAAUAAACUGCGGCAAGAAGGAAGCGAGGAGGGCAUGUAUGUGCUGCGGUGGAGCUGCACGGACUUUGACAACAUCCUCAUGACCGUCACCUGCUUUGAAAGGCCUGAGGUGUCGGGUGGCCAGAAGCAGUUCAAGAACUUUCAGAUCGAGGUGCAGAAGGGUCGCUACAGCCUGCACGGCUCGGACCGCGGCUUCCCCAGCCUGGGGGAGCUCAUGAACCACCUCAAGAAGCAGAUCCUGCGCACGGACAACAUCAGCUUCGUGCUGAAGCGCUGCUGCCAGCCCAAGCCCCGAGAAAUCUCCAAUCUGCUGGUGGCUACAAAGAAAGCCCAGGAGUGGCAGCACGUCUACCCUAUGAGUCAGCUGAGUUUCGAUCGGAUUCUCAAGAAAGACAUCAUGCAAGGCGAGCACCUUGGGAGAGGCACGCGGACACACAUCUACUCUGGGACCCUGAUGGAUUACAAGGACGAUGAAGCAACUUCUGAAGAGAAGAAAAUAAAAGUGAUCCUCAAAGUCUUGGACCCCAGCCACAGGGACAUUUCUCUGGCCUUCUUCGAGGCAGCCAGCAUGAUGAGACAGGUCUCCCACAAACACAUCGUGUACCUCUACGGUGUCUGUGUCCGUGACGUGGAGAAUAUCAUGGUGGAAGAGUUUGUGGAGGGUGGGCCUCUGGAUCUCUUCAUGCACCGGAAAAGCGACGUCCUCACCACACCAUGGAAAUUCAAAGUUGCUAAACAGCUGGCCAGUGCCCUGAGUUACUUGGAGGAUAAAGACCUGGUCCACGGAAACGUGUGCACUAAGAACCUCCUCCUGGCCCGCGAAGGCAUCGACAGCGAGUGUGGCCCGUUCAUCAAGCUCAGCGACCCUGGCAUCCCCAUCACCGUGCUGUCCAGGCAAGAAUGCAUAGAGCGGAUCCCAUGGAUUGCUCCCGAGUGUGUGGAAGAUUCCAAGAACCUGAGCGUGGCUGCUGACAAAUGGAGCUUUGGAACCACCCUCUGGGAAAUCUGCUAUAACGGCGAGAUCCCCCUGAAAGACAAGACGCUGAUUGAGAAAGAGAGAUUCUACGAAAGCCGGUGCAGACCAGUGACGCCGUCUUGUAAGGAGCUGGCUGACCUUAUGACUCGCUGCAUGAACUAUGACCCCAACCAGAGACCCUUUUUCCGAGCCAUCAUGAGAGACAUCAAUAAGCUGGAAGAGCAGAAUCCAGACAUUGUCUCAGAAAAAAAGCCAGCAACCGAAGUGGAUCCCACACAUUUUGAAAAGCGGUUCUUAAAGAGAAUCCGUGACUUGGGAGAGGGCCACUUUGGGAAGGUGGAGCUCUGCAGGUAUGACCCUGAAGGGGACAAUACAGGGGAGCAGGUGGCUGUCAAAUCCCUGAAGCCAGAGAGUGGAGGGAACCACAUAGCUGAUCUGAAGAAGGAAAUCGAAAUCUUAAGGAACCUCUAUCACGAGAACAUUGUCAAGUAUAAAGGCAUCUGCACGGAAGAUGGAGGAAAUGGUAUUAAACUCAUCAUGGAAUUUCUGCCUUCUGGAAGUCUUAAGGAAUAUCUUCCAAAGAAUAAGAACAAAAUUAACCUCAAACAGCAGUUAAAAUAUGCCGUUCAGAUUUGUAAGGGGAUGGACUAUUUGGGGUCACGACAGUACGUUCACCGGGACUUAGCAGCAAGGAACGUCCUUGUAGAAAGUGAGCACCAAGUGAAAAUUGGAGACUUCGGUUUAACUAAAGCAAUUGAAACCGACAAGGAGUACUACACAGUCAAGGAUGACCGCGACAGCCCCGUGUUCUGGUACGCCCCGGAAUGUCUAAUUCAGUGUAAAUUUUAUAUCGCCUCUGAUGUCUGGUCCUUCGGAGUGACUCUGCACGAGCUGCUUACUUACUGUGAUUCAGACUCCAGUCCCAUGGCCUUGUUCCUGAAAAUGAUAGGCCCCACUCACGGCCAGAUGACCGUGACGAGACUUGUGAACACACUGAAAGAAGGAAAACGUUUGCCUUGUCCUCCUAACUGUCCAGAUGAGGUUUAUCAACUUAUGAGAAAAUGCUGGGAAUUUCAACCAAAUAAUCGGACAACCUUUCAGAACCUUAUUGAAGGGUUUGAGGCACUUUUAAAAAGCAUGAAUAACAUUUAAAUCUCAGUUGUAUCGAGUACUCUUCCCCAACAAAUACCCAAGCCAUUUAAAAAAAUUUUAAUGGAAAAACUUUAUAUUCUGUUUAAAAAGAUACUUGGGUAUGUAAUUCACAUAUAAGGCACGCUGUGGUGCUUAAUAUGUGUAAGUACUUCCUGUUUAUUUGUCACUGUUACUGGUGCCAAAUUUAAUGACAACCAAAAUAUUAGUAAGCACUCCUUUUGGAAUGAUAUGCCACCAUUUCAUCUGGCUAGUGUACCACCACAGUUACGUACGAUAGGAUUUUUUUUCAAAACAAAAUCUCAAGAUGAUUGCUUUUUCCCAGUUGCCAGUUGAUUUAAAUGUUUUUCUGGUACAUAAAUCAAAAGAUAAAAGGUAAAUGGACUUAGUCAAUACUUUAACAUGCCCUAAAAUUGUCAUCUAUAUAGUGAUAGAACAAGCAUUCUUGAAUUAGAUAUCAGUUAGUAUACUAUCAUUUCUAUACAAAGAUGUGUGUAUUCCUGUCAUCAAUAGGAUUUAAACUUUGUUUUUCCAGUAGCUUAGCUCUUGUCCCCUUGGAUGACCAGCGGUACCCCCCCCUUUUUUUUUUUUUUUAGAAAACUGGUUGUACUCGGGGGACUGCUAUGGAAUAGAUUGUUUGCUGCAUGGUGUUAAUUCUUGAGUACUAAGCCUGUGCCAGUGCUUUCCCCAAAAGUAUACUUUUAAACAGAUUUGAUUCCAAGAACCUAUUAGACAUGCUUUUAAGAAAUGUCAGUGUAUAUAUAUCCUUUUAUAACUCGACCACUUUGGGGCAAGCUAUUCCAGCAUUGGUUUUGGAUGUAACUAGUCAGAAUAUAUACUGCAUUGCACUGUUCUUAAAGUGUCUCAGUACUUACCCUCCAUCUAUAACAGUCAAUCACUAUUUUGACCAUCGCCCUAUGGCAGCAGUUUUCAACCUUUUUCAUCUCAUGGCACACGUAAACUAAAAUUCUGCGGCAUACCAAAAUAAAAAAGGUAUAAUUUUGAUUCAUUCACACCAGGUGGCUAUUAUUAUGUUAGCUGUAAUUUUUUUUUUUUUUUUUUAAACAACUUAAGGAAAAAGAGUGUGCCCCUGACCUAGUCAGGUAUUGCACAUUUAACAAUUCUGGUGGCAAACUGGUUGAAAAUUGCUGCCCACUGGUAUAAAACUUGAAAGAAAAGGACCUGCUAGAAGCACUAUGGAGUUCAGGAUCCACUAGACAGUUUUGAGGGAGCUGGGUAAUCAAAAUGUCUACUCUCUGAUUCAAUGUGAACUAUAUGACCAAGAGUAUGAAAUUUUUUUUUUUUUUUUAACCUUUUGAGCCUGAAGAGAGUUCUGGAUCGAUUCAUUUAAAUUUGUUCAAUGACCCUCCAUCACCAAGAUGUCUGUCUGUUCAAACCUGUGGCCACUCUAUAUGCACUUUGUUUACUCUUUAUACAAAUAAAUAAUACAAGACUUCA